AUGUCAGAGGAAACAGUUCGACCUGCCUUUGAAGGCCGUGAGCGCCCACUUCUUUCCUAUGGCAUCGCCUUUCCCGCAGCCACAGCACACCAUCUCGAUGGCACAUUUCGGGCUUCCCGUGUAUAUGUGAUCUGCUCAGGGUCAUUGUCACGAAACACCAAUGUAAUGGACCAGCUAGAGACCGCUCUAGGGCCAGACAGACUGGUUGGUCAUUGGAUCGGUAUGCGGAGCCACACUUUGUGGUCAGAGGUGCUGCAGAUUGCCGAAGAGGUUCAAACUGUGCAUGCUGAUCUGCUCUUGACCGUCGGAGCUGGCAGCUUGACCGAUGGUGCGAAGAUCAUUGCAUUAGCCCUCGCAAACCGAGUCAGCACACCAGAAGAGCUCGAAACCCUUGCAGAAGGCCCCAAAAAGCGAAAAUAUAUCGAAGCACCAACUCUCCCAAUCAUUUCCGUGCCAACUUCCCUUUCCGCCGGCGAAUACUCCAACUUUGCAGGCGGCACGGAAGACCACUCAAAGCGCAAAUACAGCUUCCAGCCACCGAUUCGUGGACCGGAGCUGGUUAUUCUUGAUCCGUGGCUCGCGAAAACGACCCCCGAUUCAAUCUGGCUCAGUACAGGUGUGCGCGCAAUGGACCAUUGCGUCGAAAGUCUGUGUGCGAUCGCAGGUACGACCACUAAAUCUGACAAACUAGCUCUAAAUGCACUGGGGUUGUUGGUACCUGGUCUCUUGCGCUGUAAGAAGGAUCGAUCAGACCGUGAUGCGCACCUACAGUGCCAACUCGGAUCAGUGGAUGCUAUGGCGGCCUGUACUAGCGGGUCAAUUGAAUUGGGUGCUAGCCAUGGGAUUGGACAUCAGCUUGGUCCACUGGGUGUAGGCCACGGUGAAACUAGUUGUAUCUUGCUCCCCGCUGUGUGUAAGUUCAAUGCGAAGUACAACGCCAACCGCGAAAAACAAGCAAGUGUGCGCCAAUUUUUGAUUCAAGAUCCGGUCGUGUCAGAUGUGCUGCGUGCCCGCUCUGUCAACGUGGAAGCCUCCGACUUGGGCGAUAUUUUGGAUGCUAUUAUCCGCGAAUUGGGAAUGCCUCGGUCCUUGAGCGAUGUCCAAGUAGGGCGGGACCAGUUGGAUGGGCUGGCGGAGAAUAGCCUACAUGACCGUUGGUGCAAGACAAACCCAGUGCCACUGAAGGAGAAGUCUCAGGUAUUGGAGAUUCUGGAGAUGGUAGUUUGA